AUGAGCACACCGAGCAAACCCACUGAGAGAAGGUGAGUGGACUGUGAGUCCGUGGAAAACAUUUUUAGCUUUCAUUAUUUCAUUUUUAUUCACAUAAUCUAUGUUUUUGUAAAUGUAGAAUUUAACCCACUCUGCUAUGGAGCCUUGAAGUGUCAUUAAUUAGAAUAAUAUUCCUGUAGAAAUUCAGGUGUUUGAUACUCGGCAGGUGUUCAGGAAAGUUAUAAAUCCGGUGUAAUCAGCUUUUGACUUGACUGAAUUGGUUAGUUAACCAUACUGGUGACUUGGCGAUGCAAAUUAACACCUGCUGUACUUUAAGCUGACAGAGUUUAGUGAGUUUCUUCCUGGACGAAUUAGACAUCGUCCAGAAGAUGUCAGUGUAGUUUAUACAAUGCAAAUAAAAGGGGGUCCUCAUAUUACAACUUAAGUCAGGUAACCACUGUUAAGGGAGUUAUGCUUUGUGAGACAGUUAGUGUAAAGAGCAAUCAAGGUCAAUUUCUGAUACAGCCUUAGUUUUAAAAAACCCUGACUCUUUAAAAUAAAGGUUUCUGAACAAUAAAAAAUGGCUCUGUACUCAUGGAUUGUGCUCUUAUGCCUUUAAAUUUAACUGAUAUUUUUCCUUUGCACAGAAAUUUCUCUAAAAAUAAGCCGGAUAAGCUGUUUAAGGAGAGAAAAGGAACCUUUCCACUGCUGAUCAAGGUAGGAGGAUAACCAGGUAUCCCUUAUUUAACUAUUAUGAUCGCAAAUAUGAUUUCUGCAGGUCCCUGAACAGUUUUAAAAAGUCUUAAAUUAAAUAUAUUAAAUUAAAGUACAUGUAACGUUUUGAAAAGUCCUUAAUUUGAGAUUCGGCAUGCCCUCAGUAUGUCUUAAUUAAACGUAAUUGAGAUGGAUUUGCAGAUCCUUGAAAGGUCUUAAAUCAAAUGUUCAAAAUCUGAGUUCACAAAAAAAUCAUGAGAAGUCCUCAACAGUGUUGUUUUCAUUGACGAAAAUAUUUUUUUAUAAUAAUAAUAAUAUAAAGGGGCGCUAAACAUAAGUCUUGGAUGACUAAAAUGUAAUGAGACGAAUGUGUGUUUACGUUGACGAGACAAGACUAGACGAAAACGUUAGUGGUGGACGAUGAACAGAGUUGCAAAUUUCAUGAGCAUUUCAUCAGUCAAACUCUAAACAUAUAUUCUGCAGUGUUGUUUUCGUUGAUGAUGACAUUGACUAAAUAUUUUCGUCAACGUCAUCGCCAACGAAAACAACACUGGUCCUCAAUUUUUACAUUCAGCACAACUGAAGCAUGUCUUAAUCCAUGAAAUGUUACCUACAUAUUAAAUGAAAUAGAAAUAAUUUGUUUGUUUAGGUGAAAAAAUAAUAGAGCAUUUAAUGUAGGAGGAAGAAAAUAAGAAAAAUGCAAUUUUAAGGAAAUUUGGUUCAAAGAUGGAAAAAUCCAAGAGGAAAGGUUUGACAAAAACCCUUGAGAGUUACACUUCAGUUUAAUAUGACUUACCUAUGCCAAGUGUUAUAUGAUCUGCUGUGCAUACAUUGAGUUUUUUAUUCAGUUUGGACUUUUAAAAUGUCUUGAAAUAUAUCAUCUUUUUUAGAUAGUGUGCAGCAAACUUUAGAAAAAUCAGUUUUCUUUUACCAGCCAGUCCAGCACAAUGCUCAGAAUCAUAGGCGGCCAUGUUUUAAUGUGCCUUGAAGCAACCCUACACCAGGCAUAGACCCAGCAGGUUGUUAAAUAAAUGUUAUUUGGGUGAUUGUGUGCACUCAGCAGAAGUGAUUUACUGGGAACAUAUUCUGCCUGCCGAUGGUGAUGUUCUUGGCUGGUGACUCUCAGAUAGGUUCCUCUUUUACUAUGUGCAAAAGUUGGAUGACAAAACCACACAACCCUGGGUCAUUAGAGGGUCACAUGCGUUCACACACUGCAUCUGAGGUUGGCGUUGAUGCCACCUGGCUUAACCCUGUAGUUGCCUCUACAUGGAGAGUUCAACAACUUCAGCUCUGCACUAUGAGGACACAUUCACACAGUUUAGACACAGUCACCUCCUUCCGGCUUGUGUGAAGGGGAUUAGAGACUUAGAGACAGCUUGGAUCUUCUUCAUUGAGCUUAUAUAGGACUUAUAUAGGUGUUAAUUUACACUAUAGCCCUGACGCAUUUGCCUUGAUGACGCCAGAGACUAUAGUGCAGGAGGGACUGAAGCUCCUUAGUCCUUCAGUGAAUGUUUAAGGAGGACACUGAAUAAACCUGGGCUCAGGGUUUAUCCAGGCUCUACAAACAGAGACACUCUGAAAAAUGAAUUAAGAACUGAGUUAUAACAUUAUUGUGGAAAAAUGAGGCUCUUACCAAAAUCCAUUUAUGGGGUGUUAUGAUAGACUGUAUAUAGAAUGGAUGGCGUCUGCCUCCUUGCUGGAUGAAGCCACCGUGAGAACAGCACCCUCUGGUGACGGGCUGCAGUAUAGGUCAUAAAUCCCGCCUCUUCCAGCAAUCCCUAUGGAGCUGUGGACAAACUUUAGAAAUUAAUUACACAGAAUAUAAUCCCCCCCCCCCCCCCCCACUUGCAAUGUUGACAUGUAGUUACUGUUAUACAGGUUUGUGCUCAAGUCCGCUUUUUUCUGUACAGCUCCAUUUUUACUCCACACUUCACACUGUUUUAGCCGAGCGUCAUCACAGCAACUCUCGGCGACUCACUUGCCGAAUGCGCACAAUGCUACUGCGCAAGUAGCAGAGUGAGUACAACGCUACUGCGCAAUGUUGGUUUCAGGAUGUGGAGAAAGAAAACGGAAAUACAGAGAGCUUUUUGGCUUCAAAUCUGUAUACUGGCAGAAGGCGGAACCAAGUUGUCCAUUAUACUGUCUUACGGUGUUACCCAGAUGGAUGUGAAAUGAACUCCAUUUUGUGUAUAUGUUUAACUGUUAAACAGUCAGGUUAACACAAAAUGGGGCCAAUUUGGUGCCAUGUGUGUGAAAGUGAGGGUAUUUCAUGGACUGAAAGACACGCAAAAGUCACCACAGUAUCUCAAACAAUGCCAAUAAACGUAAAGUUCUCGUGCUUUUGGUAAAAAAGCACCAUAAGUCUGUGAAAUUUGAACCCUACAGUGAUUAGAGGAUGUCAAUCCUACAGUAGUGUACCAUGGGAGGUGAUAGUAAAUGGUGUAGUCUGAGGAUGAUGACAUGUUGAAGCUGAUGAGGUGGACUAGGUGAUGACUUUGAGGCGGAGGAUUCAAAAUAGGAACAUUUUGGGCUCAGAGCGAGGCUGUGCUGCAGUGCUGUAGGUUAGGUGUGCACAGGUGAUGAGGAUGGCUUCAUGCAUAUAUGAGGGAGCGUAUGAGUGAUGAGUGCCAAAUGCAAAUGAAAUUCCCCCGACUGAACUUUCACUGGAGCCUCAUUCUGCAUGUGUUAGCUAAUCCAUUAAUGAUAGAUCCCAGCACGGUUUUUAAAUGUCUAUUUGAUCUUAGCUGUAAAAAAGAAUCAUUAGCACUCCAGAGGUUGUUAAACCAAGAGAGGCUCGUGAUAAUAAAAUCAUAAUAUACCAGGGUGUAAUGGAAAGCCCCGUAUUAGAGGCAUCAUUUGGAGCUGUUGCUGUGAUGGACCCCGGGGUGUCAGUUCAAAAGAUUUCCCCUCUUUCUAAAUCGGAUAUCGAUAGAGAGGAUUUGCGUCAUCACAAAAUACAGACGCAAGCAGCUGCUCUCAGCAGAAGCAUCACAAACCUUCAAGAUGUGAAAUGCCUGGAGACUGCAGCAGGGAGAGUGUUUUCAUGUUUCUAGCUCUUACGUGAUACUGCAUGACUCACCACGGAAGCCCACCUUUGACAUUUAACUGUCUUUUUAUAACAGAAAGAGAUGUCAGAUCCUCCCAAUAAUGUGUUAUGUUAUGCUGCAUGAACAUGGCUCAUACUCGGGCAUUCAUGCUUGUGGCUUUGGUGUGUUUUUAUUUUUAUGCAGGAUUCAUAGCUUUCUGUGAUUCUCCAGAUUCUCCAUAUUGAUCUCUCAAGUUGAGUUUGGUUUGUAAAAUACAAUGAAGAUCUUUUGUGGUUGAUAAGAUUGAAGAUGUCAUUAAUGAACCAAAAACCACAGUUGUUGCUUUACAAAUAAUGCACAGGAUAAAUUGAUGCAUGGUGUUGCAUUUUAAUUUACUAUUUGGGGAGACUCCCAUGUUUCAAGUCUUGGGCAUAAAGGAAGAGAACAAGGUCACAGUGAAAUGUGAGCUGUGCCUCAAUGACAAAAGCUUGUCAGCUGCAAAGAACUCUACUUCAGAUAUGUGGAAGUAUCUGAAAGCCACAUAUAGCUCCACAAUGCUCCAGAAGAGGCCCAUUGGUGAGGGGAAAGAUGUUUCAUCUGCAAAAUAACAAAUGGCUUUAGUUUAGUAUAGGGAGGAGAGAAAAAAUAACAGCACAAAGUAUCCAUAUAUCUCCUGUAGUACCUCUCUUUCUGCAUCUCCCUCUAUCCCCUCUCCAAAACCUACACACAGUGUCAGCAGGUGACUGUCUAACAUGUGUCUGGUUCUGCUCAAGGUUUCUGCCUGUUAAAGGAAGUUCUUCUUCUCCACUGUAAUCUGCUAAAUGCUGCAAAGUGUUUCACUCAUGGUGGAUGACAGUGAGAUAAGAGUGGGUCUGAUCUUACAAGUUCAAGGCUUGGGUCUUUACAACUUUAAUAAACAUUUGUUGUGUAUUGGCACUAUAUAAAUAAGGUAGAUUUAUUAUUAUCUGUUCAAAGAGGAGCUUUGGUCCACACUGGGACCUGAACCAAAGACCCACUGUUUUGUAAGCCAAGUGCCUACAGGCAUAAUGUUCUGACUGUUGCCCAUAUGAAAUCAUCAACCAGUUUUAUACCAAGAUGUAGCCAUACAUAGAUGUGAUUUCAAACCACAAAAUGUCAGAAUGUUCAAAUCAAACUGAACUUAACUGAAAUAUACAUCUCUAAUGAUGUUGCUGGGAAGUUUUUUAAGACCUACAGGAUUUCAGAAAAUCUGGUUCCUCAUCUUGCAUCCAUUUAUUUAUGACAGUACAUGCUACAAACAAAACAGUGUUGUUUUACUACUUCUUACAAAUGAGUAAAUAUGCUUUUUUCAUAAUAACAUUUGCUUAACCUGCAUGUUUUUCUGCAAUGAAUCAUGUCUAGGAUCUUUGUCAUGCAAUGUCAGGCAAUUUGUUAAAUGAUGACUAUGAUAAGUGUUUGAACAUGCUGUUACCUGCUCCAGAGUGAUUUUUAAGAGGGUAGACCCAUGCACAUGGCCCAGGCUUCACCCCAGCAGGGACUGGGGAGUAGGGAGCGUGCCGCCCCAUUAUUCAGAUGAACCCUGCCCCUGAUAGGGUUUCUCAUCACAGCUUUGUCCCAUGCUGACACCGGACCCUCUGAAUAAAAGCCUGUCAUUUAGAGAGAGAGAGAGAGGGGGAAGGGAGGGGGGGUGGUCACCUCUUGCUUAAUGCCUCUGUGAUAUCAGUGUCCAGGAGCACAGGGUUCACACUGCCCCUUUGCAGACUCUGUUUAUAAAUUGUAUUACAUAACUGAUAUUUUCAACCAAGUAAUCUAAUAGGACAUGACAUUUGGGGAGUACUGAUAUAGAAAACAACAUCAAGGAGACUUUCAUAUGUAUUUAUUAUAUAACUGUGAAAUUCUUGAUUCUGAGUGGUCGCUAACAACACUCUUAGACAUGGUAUUUCUUCUAGGUCGUUGCUAUAUGGAAGAGAUAGCUGCUGGACAAGCACAAAGAAACAUUUCAAGUAUUCAAACUAGAAUUUUAUAGAUCUAUGAAAAACAUAUUCUCAUUGAACAUUUUCACUGGUGAAGAGUUUAUGCUGCUCAUCAGUUCAAAGCCUCUUUUGUCAUAUUUUAUGUGUUAUAUUGCGCCUUAACAUAGACUGUAUAUAGAAUGGACAGUGUCUGCCUCCUCGCUGGGUGAAGCCACUGUGAGAACAGCACCCUCUGGUGACGGGCUGCAGUAUAGGUCAUAAAUCCCACCUCCUCCAGCAAUUUCUAUGGAGCUGUGGACAAACUUUAGAAAUCAAUUACACAAAAGAUAAAUUUUUCUCCCCCCUGGUUGCGAUGUUGACAUGUAGUUAUUGUAAGACUUUUUUGCGCUCAAGUCCUUUUUGUUCUGUACAGCUCCGUUUUUAAAAGUUAUAGGGGGGUUCAAGUUUUCUAUGAUUGACACUUGAUACAGCCUAUGAACGUACGUAGAUAAUGAAGCUCACCCAGGAGAUACACUGUUUGAGCCAAGCGCCGUCCGGCCGGAGAGGAAGUGGAGAAAAAACCUGGAAAUACUAAGAGCUCUUCGGAGGAAGGGGGAGCCAAGUUGUGCAUAGCAUAUACAGUCUAUGUGCCAUAUGCUUCCAAUAUUUGACAAAUACAGGCCAGUUUAACACCUGGGCUUUUAUACUACAGAGCCACUAAGAGUAUCAUUUGUCGUACUGAAAAUUGGCAUUUUCUUGGGCACUGUUGGACUAGCGGUUCAAACAUACCCCACAUAUACAAGCCCUAGUCCUUAGCAGUCAUAAGUUAGACUCACUCUCUUGCUGCAAAUCAAUCCCCCACUCCUUGCCCCUCAUAUUUCCCUUCUCUCCUGCCAGCUGUCCUAUCAAUUGGAGGGUAAGAUUAUCCGAUAAAACAUUUUAAAAUGUCAUCGUCGAGAAUGCUGGCUUUUUCAUUUAGCACUGUUAAUUUCUAAAAUAGUCCCUUCCUUCUCCAGAGUGGAGUUAGAAGGUUUAUAUAUAGUGUUAGCUAUUGACCUCGGUCAUCGCAGUAAAAGAGGGGCCUAUGGAAAGACUUCAUUUCCUCUACCUCUAUCUCUGGCUUGUAUUAAGGUUACUGUUUUUAUUCUACAACUGGUCGCUCUGAUUAUAGUUCCCAUUAUUUUAGAGCUGCAAAUCUGAAGUAAUGUUGCUGCGAACUUUGUCUAAGACGGGACUUCUGACUGCCCAUACAUUGUACAUUUUCUGUUAUGCAUUCGACCGCUUCACAUAGUCCUUUUUUAAAAAAAAAAAUUUAUUUUGGGGGCAUUUUCUAAAGAGAGACAGGAAAUGUGGGGAGCAAAGAGUGGGUGUUUACAUACAACAAAUAGUCAUAGCCAAGAUAAAACCGUUACUGCCUGGACUGGAAGACUGCAGCUCCUGUUCAUGGGGUGCAUGCAUAAUCUGGUGACUAAGCUUCAGGUAUUUUUAGUACCAGUAUAAAUCAUCAUGAGGAAGAUCAUUGUGGUAGUUUAUCCUGGUUUGGGAGAGGCUUUGUUAUUGGUGUCACUCUGAUUUUGUCUGUGCUGUAUCCUCUGUGAGCAACAUAGAUACUCCACUAAGAAAACACGUCCACUAAAGCUUACCAAGUCUUACUGAGUUACAUUAUCGCUACCACUGACUGAGGACAUGUGCUGAACAGACUGCAUACACAGGAGCCGACAUGCUUCCAGUUAAUGUUGCAGGAAAUCUAUCCCCCACCCCCCAUGCGAUAUCCUCUUCUCAUGUCUACUUGCAUAUGUGUGUGCGUGUAUGCGCGAGAGCAAAUGUCAUAUUAGCAGUGUGAGCUGCUUUCAUAUUUAUGUUCUUGAAAGCGUUCAUGUGUGCAAACAGAAGAGCCUCUGGCUUGUUGUCACAUGGCCCGUGCUUCUUAACAUGUGAAUCUCCACAUUCUGUCAGAGACCCAGGCACGCAGCAUCUUCUCUGCCGUGGAUGGCUGUUUUCACUCCCACUGGUCCGCACAGGGCUGUGGAGCAUGAGCAGACUCAGCCUCACGCGGGUUAAGUCUGCCAGUGCUGCAGAGUCUCAGCUGUGGGUUUCUCUUGUGGUGACACUGCAGUAAGGACAGCCGUGCUGAGACACUCCCUGAGUCUGAUAAACAUUAAUUGGAUUUACAAAGAAUGCUGGGUGAACAGAUACCCAGGGAGGUUUUGUUAAUGAGUGCCAGCUUGCUAACAUGAAGUGUCUGUUUUCCUUUAACAGUGACUCAUGCAACACAGAGCUGCUAAACAGGGAAUGCCAAACGUCCUCCCCCGUCGCACCUUCUCCUUCUAUCCCCAUAGGCUUGGCUGUUGUGUAAUAAUGUGUGAGGCCUUAUCUAAAAUGAACUUAUAUAAGAGGAUACCGCUGCUGUUACCUUAUGACACUCUCUGAUUCGUGGUAAAUCUGAACCAACUUCAGCCAGUUUACAAACACUUAUAGUAUUAUGCUGCUACAGCACAAGGUCUCUAUAACAUGAGCGUCAGUUAAACCAUCAGCAGUGUUUUUAUUAAAUCAAUUAAAUAAUGUCUGCUAAGAAAUGUUGCACAAAGUGAUUCACAAUGAGGAGUUACCUGCUGAAAGUGCAUCACAAAUAAAAAUAGAAAUUUCAUGAUGACAAAAUAACGAAAAAUUUAAGUCAGUUCAUUGCAAAGUAUAAGAAAAUAAAAUCAAUUGUGAUGCAAAAUUAACUCAGUUCCCAAAAGACACAGUUGUGAUUCAAAAAGUCAUCAAAUCUGAAGAUUAAUCAAACGUAUCCAGUUCUGGACUCGUUGGGGUUCUUGGAGAUGUUUUGCCUUUCUUCUAAAAUCUGAAUCUGACUAUUAUAUGUCACUAAAAUAUUCUCAUAUUUACACACUGUGCCUUUAAGACAGAGCUACAAAAAGAGCAUGCAAAUAAUGAUAAGUAAUGAAUUGAAUCUAAAUUUUGGUGUCCUUUAAACUUAAGAGGGUUGAACAGUUUGAGUGCACAAUGCUUGACUGAAAAACUGUCAACCAGUUGAACCAAAUACAUAAAGAAUUACAUGAAAUUAGGUUGAAUUUAGUCUUAUUCCAACUGACUUUGAAUAGAGGAGAAGAUUUGCAAGGAAAAUGCAAAAAAAGUCCUUUAUCAUCACUAUAUAAUUAAUAUUUUGAUAUAAUAUAUUAUGAUUAAUGUAUGCACAGAUAGAGAGCGCUAAUGGUGUUACAUAAUGUUGAUCACAAUAAUCUGAUUAACCUGUGUUGGUUUGUCAGGCCAGAGUGUGUCAGUAUAAACCUGCAGCAUCUGUUGAAUGAGAAAGACCUGAAUGCCAGCUGGGUAGAUUACACCUGAGCUGGAUGAUAAAACCAUUAGAGCUUAAGACGGGAUCUUCUUUACAGGCUGUCUAUCGGUUGUGUUUUGGUGACACUACAUGGAACAGUAGAGCCUCUUGUAUCUUGGCACUCAAAGACAACAAGCGUCUCAGUCCUCAUUGUCUUCAUCUGCUGCACAUGUCAGCAGAUUAACUGUAAUUUGCACUAAUUGUUACAAUCUGCAGGCACUGUAUUGUCUGUGUCAAUCUAGUUGGACGUCUGGGCUUUUGUGGGCAGGUGGUGACAAAAGGUGGAUCACCUUGCGAGAUUGUUGUGGAAGGUGACAGGAGAGUUAGUGUUUAUGGGGUCAAAGGAAGGGUGAACAAUGCUCAUCUUACCUGGGCGACAAAGCUCCCCUCUGCCUAUCACUUCUGUAGGACUAAGGAGACGGAUAAAGGUUUCAGAGGGCAGGGUGAGGGGAGAUGGACAGUGAUGGCACAGGUCAGUGACUCGCUGUAACUAAGCUGCUUUUAGCUCUGGCAGGGCGGUUUGAAGAAGGGAGAAUCGAAGGGGGCGACUCCGGGAGAUUAAAAAUGGAAAUGCGAUGUGGUGAUUUGUACAGUGUUGCCUAGUUGAUAUGAUUCAUUAGGGGCCAACAUCAGAGCCAUUUGAGGACAGGACAAGGUGUGCGACCCCGGGGCUGCCAGAGAUGCCGGGCUUUCAUCACUCAGACCCGGCUGGCUGUGUGCGUCUCCUCCAUCCUCGGGUUCUCAGACCUGGCAGGGGAGAGUGUGGGGCAUUCAGGUCAACACCUGACCUGUACAUGAUACGGGCUAAACCCUGCUGUGUUGUAAGCAUAUUUAGCACCAAAACCCAUGACACAUGCAUUUUGAUUAUGGAGAUAAAUACGCAGGCCUGAGAAAUGGCAUACACAGUCCGUGCAAACCAUACGCCACACUAGCUCCAAGUGUGCCGCUCAUUUUAUGUGUUUGGCUUCAUUAAACUAACAUUUAUACUCUGAUAUGGGGCCCUGGGUUGGAUCUCACUCCAGGGAGGGAAAAACGAAGAUCUUAGACAAGGUAAGAUUUCCAAUGCAGUGGUAUUUUGACAAGUUACAACAGCUGCUAAUGUUGCUCUGAAAGUACGUUCAUGGAAUUUUGUGGAGGUCUUGGUGGGAAAUGAAGUGGACUUCAAUGUUUUUGAGUGUUGCAUGAUGAAGUUUUUCUGUAGGAUGAAUGUUUAUUUUGAUUUUAAUCCAAGAUUUGAAAAAAACUGGUGGAGACUUUUGCAAAAUCUUCAUCUUGUCAGCACGUGCAUUUGAAGUUUUUAUGCUUUUGUAUUUAUCAUUACACAUUUAGGAGCAUUAAGAAAGCACCAAAGGUUUUAGUAUCUGCAUUAAUUUUAUUGACACCUCACAGAGCAGAUUCUGCUUCUUUCAUUUCUUCAUCGCUCUAGAAAUAAAAACAUUUAUGAAAGUCAAUUGCAAACAAUUAUGUUAAGCACAGGCAAAAGAAAGCGCUUCCCAUCUCUUGCUGCAUUAGUAACUGUCCUCAGGUCAUGUGUUUUUGAACGCUGCUUCUCUAUAAGGCUGUCAUGCAAAAAUAAUCAGAGAUGAGAGAGGACAGGAGAUGAGAAAGCAGCGGUCAAGAAUAGAGUUCAGUGUGCAGGCUGAUUUGAGCACAGGGCUGUUAUUACUGCCGUGUGGCUGAGUGCUAUUUUCUAAGGUGGACUACAUUGGGGCACAGGAUUAGUUAAAAGUCUUGUCUCUUUUAUUUCUGCAAAAACGAGGGAUUAAUUUUUUCAGAUACGCUCUUCAGAUAACAGGAUUUUGUUUUAAUAUCAACGUGCUUCUAAAACAGUCACAGAAGCGUUACCCGCGGCCUCAUUUUGAUGACAGCCUGAGGUUUAGGGGUAAAAAAAAAAAAAAGACAGACAGGGUGUGACGGUGUGUCUGCUUAGAGUUUAUUACAGGGCAUGAAAUGUUUGUCAUGUGUAAUACAGCAGAGGAGGAUUAUGUGUUGUUUGUGCGUAGGUGGUAUGUUGGGGCGCCACGGUUGACACAAAUAUGCAGUUCUAGGUCAGCCUCCAACUCCACCUCCAUCAACAGCCCCACACAAACACACCUGCAGAUACACAGAGGAUGAAACAAUGUCAUUGUGAACACAUAUCCAGCAUCCAAAAACAUCAGGAUAAAUCAUGACUAAACAAUAUUUCACUUUUACUUGAUGACUUCCAGGUUGAUCAGAGUGUGAAAUGAAAAUGGUGAAAUACGGGCUUUACUUCUCUGUACCUUUCUUAAGUACAGCAGCUUCAUGUUGUUGACUUCUCUUCUUCCUCUUCUGUAGAGUUUUGGUCACUGCCCAGCUGAUGCGUUUAUUGUUGUUCUACUUGCAGGUCAAAGCCAAGCGUGCAAACCGUAAAUCGCAAGCAUUAAGACAGAACCUCUGGGCUAUUUUUGCGCUGAUUGAGGUGUAUUCAUGCAAUCAAAUGAUGAUGUCAUUCAGCCAUUGUAAUGAAAAAUUAUUAUCUAGGAGGCCAAACAAAAAACUUUCAGCCGAAAGGCCCAACUUUACAGGGUUGCUCCAAACCAAAACACCCAGUUGCUCUGACACUGUCUCAAGGCCACCGCUGGAAUUCUGUUCAUAUAAGGUGACCAUUCGUUCUCUUUUACCCGGACAUGUCCUGUUUUUGGGGGGGCUGUCUGGCCUUGUCUGGUUUUGUCCAGGGGAGCUUAUAAAAUCCUUCCAAUGUCUGGGGUUUUGUAUGGAAGUUUUGACUUUGUGUUGCGUAGACCUAUUGCGUUAGAAGCAUGUAAAAAACCUUCAAUCCGAUACGGAAUACUCUCAAAAUUAACUAUACCCGACUCUGUGACUCCGCCUCCAUGACUCCGUCUCCGUGUAGUCGUGUCCUCUUUUUGGGGAUUCAGAAUAUGGUCACCCUAGUUCAUUCAUACAACUGACCUCCAGCUUACUGGACUCCUUGUGUUCCUGGUAGAGCCUGGCACAAACCAAAAGAUUUUUAAAAUCUGAAACCAUUUCGUAAAUGGCAAAGACUCCACACAUGACAACAAAUGAUGACUGAUCUGGUCCUAUAGACCUGACCGACAAAACUGGAAAUUUUGUUACAUCUCUUGCAGUCAAAUGUGACUUAAGAAUAAACAAACAUGGCAGAAUGCAGAGCUAACAAUUACUAGCUACUUAGCUUCCUGGUACAUCCAAAGCAGUGGCAAUUUGUUUCCAAUGCCUCCUGUUUUCAUUUUGGUAUCAGUGUGUCUUAAUGACCACGUUGAGUAAACAUUCAUGUUGUUGCCACAUAUCGCCGUGGGUUCUAUAUCUGACAUCCAUCUGACAUCCAUCUAACUUCCUGCUUUGUGUUUACUAUCGUAGCCCUGGUUACAUGUGUUGUGCUUCCCUCCUCUGUCAGCUUGUUUUAUGAUUGGAGUUAAUGCUUGGUUGUCCUCAGGGAUCCCCCACACAUAAAGAUUUCAGAUUAGAAAUGUUGAACACAUUUAAUAUUUAUGUUUUGAAGCCAGGCAGGCCUCCAUUGUCUUCUAAGUAGACAAGGAAGAAAAAAAACUCUUAACACUCAGAACGCUACAGGAUAUAUAGUUUUCACUCCUUUUGACUUUUUCAGGCAACAGGCAGGAAAAAGGUUCAGGUGCAGACAGGGCUGUAGAUGGCUCCUUUUACUCAUGCGGUUCACCUUCAACAGCUCAUGUCGGGCGUAUAAGAAUACAGCCCCGUUGACUUUGAAGUUCCAUGUCACACAGCAGCUACAUGUCAUGUGAGGCACCGACACCACCCCGUAUAUUAAUAUGUUCCAGCAGUACAGCAUGUCCCACUCCUGAAGCUACACAGCAAACAUACAGUAUAGUUCACAGGGGGACUGUGAGUGGUGCGUUAGCUUCUUCACACCCUCCUAAUGAAGCCAUCACUGCUGUCCCUGCAGCAGGUCACAAUAUAAAUAAAGGAGUUUGUUUUUUGUUGACUCACCCUCUUCAAGGCGGUGGAGUGAGCCUCUCCACAUGGCUAAUGAGAUUUGUCGCGGCUUUAGCUCUGCUUAAUUUCCAGCUUUGUCUGAAUCCACAAUCACAUGCGCACAGAUUUACUGCAACAAAGAAACACACACCCCCCAAAAUCACCCAGUUAUUUUGACUAGGUGAAGGAUAAUUAGACAAACCCUCAUGGUUUGAUUUGAUUAUAAUAAGGCCAGAAUACCAGCUUAUUGGAUGUUCUUUUAAUACACUGACUGAGUGCCGGUGUUUGUCAGCUGCUAUUGUUACAGUCGCUUUAGCUGAGUCAGUCGCCUCUCUGCAAAUAUGAACCCUCACUGGAACUGAGACUGCCUAGACAAGAACCUAUUUAUAGCAGAGGAUCAGUUUUAGAUUUCUGAGAAAUAUUCUGCUCCACAGCCUGAGAAAGAAACUGAGAAUUGACCUUAACAGUGACUUUAUGCCGUUUGUUAGUAAAAAGAAGUGUUCCUCUUAGUCUUUGUCCUCCGAGUUUAUGAUCAGAAGCAGCUGGAUUCAGGGAUGACAGGUUAUCGCCAUGCACCGUUUAUUAAACUGCAUUUCUGCACCGACUAGUUUUUAUCACCAGCCAUCAUAAAUUAUCACAUGUAAAUCUAGUUAAGCCUGUAAUUGCGUCCAUGCCUGUUAAUGUAUUCACUUGUGUCAACUCGUGAACUUGACCCACAUCUCACAUGCUGUCACGUUGUCACUGAGAAGCUAAAAGUGCAGAUGCUGCAAUGCACCUGCCACUCAGGUCAAACUAUCCACAGUCCUCUCUGCCAAACGUUGGGAAACUCUGAUACAGUCUGUUUUGGCUGGCACCUCAGCUUGCUGCGCUGUGCCUUGUUUGGCAGCUGGCAGCAAUUAGCCAGAGCCGGGCAGAAUGUAAGGCACCGGGUUACAGCCUCUGAGAGGAGGUAAUUUGCUCCCGCUUUAACUCAUCUGGCCUGGUGUAGUCUGCCCAACCACCUGCCGUUUACUCUCUGUGGAUGUCACCUGAUGGUUCAAGUAUGUGGGAAAGGUGUGGCUUUUUAAGCUUGACGGACAGUCCUGUGAGUCAGAGUUUGGAGAAAUGAAUUUAGAUAAAAAACAAAGGUGUAUAAGACAAGUAUGUACAAAUUUAGCAGUCGAAUAAGUGACUGCUCUUCAGCCAAAUCAUCCUGGAAUAUGUAUUGAGAACAGUGAGUUUGGCAGCAUGACUUUGUAACUCUCGCUCAUUCAUGUACUUUCAGAAAAUGGUGGCAGGUAACAUGAAAAAGUUGUGCUACUUUGACUGAAAAGGCUCCUCAGUUUGAGAUAACAAGUGGCACAUAGCUUACAAGCUUAUACUAGAUAACGUACUUGCACAGCCAUUUCACACCUCUACUGAACCAAACUAACAUGACAGGAGGUAGCAGUUUUAGAGGACGAGAUGACCUUCACGGUUGCACAGAUUCUGCACAUUGUGGACUUAACUCAAAGUCAUGCAGAUCUUUACGUAGGGAAAAAAAAGUCAUGCUGUUUUGCUUCAGGGACACUGUAGGGCUUAUUUCUUUCUUCUCUGACAGUCUGUACCUGCCUUCGCACCAUCUUGGUUUUUUAUCCAUUUGUCCAUUACGUUUAUACCAUAUAGAAACCUCUUUUUCACAUGCUUUAAAAAAGGCAUGGUGUUCUGAAGCAACCUGCAAGUUCAAUUUUUUGCUCUGACUUUAGUAGGAGAGCACUUACUGUUGCUAUAUUAUAAAAGUUGUCCUUCAACACAGUUGUCCACACACUGUUUCCUUCAGUAAAGAUGGUCAAAUCUCUGUAAGCUUCACAUUUUCUAUGAUUCAUCAGCUUUACAAAAUUGCACCUCGAAAAAAAAAGCAAGAGUGGGCAGUUUCCCCUCCAUGCAGACCUUCACCCUUUUGCAUACAUGGUUGAUGUAAGAGAAAUCCCGCCCCUUCUUGAUUCUGAUUGGUCAGUGGUAAAGAAGCAAUAUUUAUUAACUCAAUAAAGUUUUGAAAGUUGAACUAUUUUUGAAUGAGAGCCAUCAGCUGUUGCUGAGGGCAAUGUUGUGUCGAGGACACCGAGUGCUCACAUGCUUACAUGCAUUUAUGGCCAGUGCCACACACGGUAUCAGAGGACAUCGCCCCAAGUCAAAAAAAAGAAAAAGUAUGAUGAAUACAUCUAAGAAGCUACAGAUACUUUUGCCGGUAAAUAAGAAAUAGAAAAGGAAGUUGGCUGAAAGUGAAAACCUAAACAAAGCACAGAUCCCUAACAAGUAUUUGCAAAGUGCUAUUUCCUUCCUCUGGUCAAAAAACGAGAGAUACAGCAGCUCACUGUGUCAUAAAUGUGUCAGGAGCAGCUGACACUGCAGUAAUGAAAUACAGCAGCCCGCUGCUUCAUGCUACAAGAAUAGCAACAUUUUUCCUGUCACUAAAACAGGUUGAUAUACUGGUUUUAUUUUUGGUCCCUUGGCAGAAGUAAUAUCAGCAAAGAUACAUGUAGUCACCAAGAGGACAUGUGCUCUGGAAAAUAAACAUUUCAGAUGUCACUCAGCUCUGUUAUCCACCAGAUAUCAAACACAGUUCAUAUUCUGUCACCUAUAACCUUCAGUAAAUCACAAAAUCAUUGACAGAAGAUAAGGUGCAGAGACUGUUUAAUUCUCCUACAGUAUAAACUUCAUUCUCAGCCAGAGUUUACAGUCUGCUGGAGACUCUGAAGCUCCUCACUGCUGUGUGCAGUGAGCAGGAGGCCAGGAGCAGCCAGGGCGUGGUGGGAUAAGCUUUCACCUGUAAACACAAUAUUUGUCAGCAUGACUGCAGCAUCCCGCAGGGGUUUGUAACAGCAGCCAAGCAGGUGCAGAACAGUAGAGGAGAAAGAGAGGGGAUGGGAAGCUGACAGCCCCACUGGCUUUGUCUCUAAGAUACAAUGGCAAGUGAGACGCCAACGGGAAAGUUGUCUGUGGAUCCUCGUGGGAGGCCUGUUGGAGCUGCACCUCCUCCCUGCUGUCUGACUUCCUCAGCCUCAUGAUGAGCUCUCCUGGGAGAAUCAGGGAUCUGUUUUUACUGUAAGUCUUUCCCUUCUCCUAACCUGCACCCCCAGAGGUCCCCUCAACAGGAAGAUAAGCACCCAGCCCCUGCUGCUGCAUCUCCGGAUCAAGAUGGGUCCCUUGUCGAGUCCCAUCCAUACGUCACCAGCAGAAAAGACAGAGAGCACUCCCUCACUUAUAUUAGCAGGAAUACGCUAGCGCAUCCUCUCUGUCUGCAGCUGCUUUCUGUGUCUGUCUGCUCCGGAGCAGAGAAAAAUAAAUAUAAGGAACCUGAGAAAGGAAGGGGAAGAGGCUUAGAGAUCUGGAACGUAAAGAAUGAAUAUGUGAUGCAGAGAAGUGUGGAGAAGAGUUAUGACAAACUGCUGGAAGUUCUUGGAUGUAAGAGUCACUCAUUUUCAGGAUUUCUGCACAUCAGAAGAUGCCGAUGGAUAUUCUGCGUUACUGAACUUUUAUGCCAUCAAAGUCCUGUGAACUUCAAGAGGAAUUUCUUUAUCAAUGGAGUCAAAGAACAACAACAUCCAGACACACAGGCGUUAGCAUAAUGGUUGGAGUAAAUGCAGCCAAUGUAUCAUCAUCAUCCUUCAGUUUGCACUGGGGCACAUCUAUCUGAUCUCUGACCUGCUGAGUUGACUCUCAGGGUGCGAGAUGGUGUCCAGAGGCUGAGCUGAACUUCAGGUGUUGUCCUGGCAGCAUGGGGGAGGUGUGCUAUGUGGGGAGACGGGACUUCACCUGCCUGCUGUGGUUUUAGCCUCCUCCAGGGCUGCUGCUGGGGCCGGAAUAGAAGGGUCCAACCUGAGGUAUGUUUGGUAAAGGGACAAGAUGGGAUCACACUUUGAUCCUCUCUCACUCUCUCUUAUGUGUAUGUUUUUGUUUUUCGUCUGUUGAGAAUAAUAAAGCCUCUAUUUCAGAAUCUGUUACAGUCAAUAUAGUUUCUCUAAUUUGGGCUUGUGUAAGAAACACUCAUGGUAACCCCCUCUCCACUGAUAUGUGGUUGCCAUGGUGAGAUCAACUGUAUCUGUAUUGUUUGCCUCUGUGACUUCUCUUUGCUUCGUCACCUUGGUGACAAAAAGCUCACAGCGUAAUGACUUUCACAUGCGAACUGCGGCAUGGUUUACACCGGGUGACUUGCUUCCAGGUUAAUGAUAUUUAAACCCUGAAACAAACCGAGACCCUGUGUAACAGCCCAAAGCCCAAGUAUGCUCGGUGCUAACCAUUUUCUUUAUGUCCUUAAUACAAAGAAAAGUCUUUACCUCUUUUAAAAAGGCUACACUUCUUUUGAGUCUCCAUUAAGGCCAACAUUGAAAUGUCCAUUUUGACAGCAGAAUGCUUUGGUCCCUCUUUUUUUUGUAUAUAUAUAUAUAUAUUUUUUGGAAAGGUGGAGGUGUUGUGAUUUGUCUGGUUUGUUUGGUUUGAUUAGAUUACAUUGUCUUUAAAAAAAAGAAAAUUAUGGCUGAUGUUGUGUUUUUAUCAAACCCAAAUUAAUUAUUUAACUUGUUUUUUCAACAUCGGGAUGGUUGGUGUUGACUUAUUCAAUUCAUGUGAAUGACCCAUUUGUAGGCCGUAUCUUGAGGAGUGCCCAAACAAAUGAAUUAAUGUCAGUGGGGAAGGGGGUUGGGGGGGUCCUUCAUGCAUUUUCAGUCUGUUUACAUCAAACAGGGUUGAGGUUGACUACUUAGCAAGGAUUUGUGAUUUUACCAGAUAAUUCAACCUCUGCACGCACUUUCUUCUUGGCGCGGUCAUUUUCUUUCUGUUACCACAGGAAAGACAAAUUCUAUCCUACAGCUCAUGUAGCCAUGCUAUGAUCAUUUUUUCCUCCAUUUUCCAGAUAAAUGAACCUCAUUCUGGUCGGUUGUUGACGUACGUUACCAGGGAAUCUCCAUGCUGGUUGGCUGUCCUGGCACAAGUGGUUCACUUGAGUUAAGAUUUGUCAAAUCUUGUGAAAAGUAAUGGAGUGAAUGAAGUAGGUAAAUUGCAUUGUUGUAUAUUUAUGUCUUUCAAAGUUGUAAUCUGCGGAAUAGGUGUGUAUGUGGCUUCUGGUGCUUUUGGAGCCAGCCUCAAGUGGCCACUGAAGGAACUGCAGUUUGCAGCACUUCAUCAACGAUUUUCUGCGCUUUACUGUCUCAAUACAGUAAAAACUUUUGCGCAAAUGAAUGAGACGUGAUUAGACGCUCCUACUGCUCUGGCGGCACGAAUGAUGCGAAUUGGGCGGGAGCUGGAAAUGUCUCAACUUGAGCAGAUAUUCGCUUCACGAUAACCAAUCAGUACGUAGGUUGCCAGGUGACGUAUGAAAAUGGAUGGUUGUUCACUAGUACCUAAAAUGGACAAACUGAUCAUGUCGGUGUGUGGGUACCCUGAAUUAUAUGAUGCCUUUUCUUUCUAGUACCGAAACCGGAAUAAAAAGGAGCUCAUCUGGAGGUAAGUGAGUCAAGAGGUCAGAUUACCUGGUAAAUUGUAAAAAAAAACCUUGGUCUAUCACUUGAUCCUGCCAGUUGAAUUGGCAGGAAUUACCAUUGAAAUUAUCGUUGACGCGCAAAUGAAGCAAGUAAAUACUAUUCAUUCAUGCGCCUAGAUACACAAGAAUUGUGCGAGUUGAUGAUUUUACUUGCACUUGGUGUGAGCGCCCCAUUAGGCUGCAAGUUUUUAUAGAACCUGAUUUGUUGUGGUGGGGUGGUAAUCCAACUUGUAUAAUACAAUCACCUCCUACUGAUGUCCUUGUCAUUAUUAAUCAGGGCAGAUUUGAAAGAGCCGCCCACUCCUGAGGGCUUUCCUGUCCACCCUCCUGAAGGGCCACUCCACCAACAGGGGUCGACUGGGCUUAUUAGCAACAACACAGUGUGCCCUUCCUCCUGAGAAUUAGCUCAAUGAUCUUUUAGAGCUCAUUGAAUGAUUUACCUCUUAAAUGCAGCAGCAGAUUGAAGAAUAAUGAGCCCGAUUAAGAGAGUGCACUAAGGGACAGGAGCAGCUUUCUCAGCAGCUCGUCUCAGCUCAUCCUGUUCCAAAGCUGAGGCUGAUUACUGAAGUGGCAACCACAGUUGCAUAACAGCUGUCACCUCAUCAUAUUUCUCUCCUUUCUGGGCUCUUCAUCUAAUAAAGCAACUGGUUGAUUUCCUCCCCUGUGGUCGUGAUAUCAUAUUGGAAAACAAAUGAUCUAACUUUGUGUUGACAUGGAGAUAGUAACGCUGUGUUCAGGCCGUAAAUUCUGGUCGCCUCAUAAAACACUGGAUAUCUCAUAUGAUACUGGAAACCUUGUAAAUCUUUUUUUAAUCCGUCAGAUACUUUCCUAUAAUUCCUAGAAAAAAUCGCCUAUUUUUGAAAGGAAACUUUUGCAGACCUCUAAAUAUAGGGGUCGGCUUUUUGACUGGUUUCAAUGGCUUCAGCAGUGAUAAUUCUUUUUGCAUAAACCUACGCAGUUAGAGGGGUGUUCUUGAGUUCCCUGCUGGCUCGUGGGCCUGUUGGUCUUGGGAUGGUGUCCAGUUAGUCAUGCAUGUGGUGCAUUGGAGAUUCAGAAGAAGACUGCACUGCACCAAUUGAACCUUGUCUAACCAAAGCAGACUUUAAAUGCUAAUACACUCAAAUUAAUAUUCUUGAAACGGGACAGUCGCUUUGAGAUGGUGAGCUUUUGUUCCUCUUGUCAAGGGUUUCUCCUUAUCUUCAUGUUGCUGCUUUUGGUAUCAGAUCAGUUCAAGGAUGUCAGAAGACAAUGUCACCCUAACUCCCAUCUUACCACAAACCUGGUGCUCCUCAUGCACAGACCAACUCCUUUUGCAGAAGCGCAAUCCUUCCUUGAUACACAAACAGACACACACGCAACCAUUCAGGCAGAAAAGUACACAAACGCCUGUUGACAGCCUACUUUCCUUUGAGGUUUGCAGGCAGACUGAUGGUUAACAUUAAAUCCUGUACUCCCAGUGAGUCCUGAGAUUGGAAUUUUAAUUAACUAAUGCUGAUGUACAAAUAUGCGAUGCAAAUAACAAAUGCAAAUACCGUCCCUAUCGACUGGCAUCUGUACAGCUGCAAAUACUGUGUCAUGCACGGAUGCCAGUAUCUUGUUGCUUCCUAUCUUUAUUUUCAUUGCGUCAAUGUAAAUCUGGAAAGCACGCCUUCCUGCUAAUUCAGAGAAGUUUCUUUUUUGGGAGGUAGGAGAAGUCCCCUGCUGGACAGACUGAUUUAUUCCUCAGAACAUGAAAUAAAAUCUCAGAAAGAUCAGCGACAUGCUGUUUGUAAAACAUGUUGGAGAGGGACUUAAAAAGAGGGCUAGAUAUUAUUUACACAUACAUCAAAUCUUAAGGCACAAAUCAAACAUGAAAAAAAAAAAACAAAGUAAUGCAAAAUCAUCCAAAUCUGUCACCUGCAUCUGCACUGUUCAUCAGAAUCAGAAUGUCCUUUAUUGUCAUCAUACUAAAAGUACAACGAGAUUGGAGAGCUUCUUCUUUUCCAGUGCAAUAGACAAGUGAAAAUAAGGUAGUAAAAGUACAAAUAGUUGUAAGAAAGAAGGUACUAUAUAAACAAGACAAGAAUUCUACAGAACAGUAAAAUAAAACAUAUGUAUAAGAAUAAAAUAGAAAGAUAAAUACCAAAGAGAAAUAUCAAAAAUAAAUAUAUAUGUAUGUGUGUUUGAAUAUAUAUAUAUAUAUAUAUAUAUAUAUAUAUAUAUGUAUAUGGACAUGUAUUGCACAGGUUAAGGAUAUAAUAAUCAACACAACAGCAGUAACAUUGGUAAUAUUGCACUUGUUACCUCAUCUUGAGGGAUGGAGCUGGUUUAUGGGAGUUUAAGAUGCUGAUGGCUCGAGGGAAGAAGCUGUUUUUGAGUCCUCCAGGAUUUGUUUCUCAGUACAGAUUAUUUAGAAGGAGCCAUCUGUGUUUUAUUUGCUUAAGUUUAUAGAUGCCACAAGCUUAUAGUUGUCUUUUUUUGGAUUUCAUCCGUGCAGGUUUGUUUUGUGAGUGGAUUGCUUGCAAAAUUGUAUCCUUCCAGCUCUGUUGAAUGCAUCAUACUUCUUCUAUUUUGUUUGAACCCCUACCCUUUGUGGCCUAAACUCCAUCUUAUUGGCUCUAUGUUUGGUGGAACAAUGUGUGGAGACCCUCCUGUUUGUUUUUAACUAAAGAGAAUUAUUUGCCUGCCUAAGAAACUCUGUCUUUAGUGUCUUAUUUUGGACUUAUUUUAAAACAUAAAGGAAAACGUGAUUUGUGUACACCGCUAUCAUUUCGUUCAACGUGAAAUCUUUUUUUUGUGGACACUUUCAGCUUUCCACUCAAGAGACACCUGAGUGACACAGUCUGAUUUAUUCACUUGUUUGGUAAAAUGUGAGACACCGGGAUCGCAAGACACUGCGUGACACCACUUUGACAAUGGAUAUUCCCACUCUAGAGAGAGGGAGAACAGCCCUCAUGGACCUUGACAGUAUAGGAAAAGUGUGGCCACGAUGCGUGCGUCGGUGGAAACCUCUCUGAAGCUGCAGCGUCGGUGUUGUAGAGCGCAUCAGUCAUCCUGCACGGUGUAGGUGGACGGCAGCAAACGGGUAAAAACAAAUCUAUAUCGGGAAAGCCCCAGCUGUCAGCGGCAGAAACCUGAACAGGUGGCUCCCUCAGUGUCUUAGCUGCAUACGCGUCAAGGCGCAGAGACCCUCAACAGCUUGCCUCGCUCGUUAAUCUCCCCCGUGACGACAGCACAUUCACCUCGUGCGCGUAAAACCGGGAGGACGGCAGGUUUUGGUGGAUCUGAUCAGUCAUCGGGAUUUUCCUCAUCAGUGUCGUUUCAGUCUGCUCCGCGGAGUUGAAGUGGAGGAAAGCGUGCCCUGGUGUUUCCAAGCAGAGUUGGAUACAAUGACUCUUUGUUGGAUUUUAUAAUCUCUCUCUUCUCUGAGUUUGGAUUGUCAAACAGCUGCAGAGACUCGCGCUGAUAUCGCAUAAUGUUGCCAGAGAUCAAUAACAAGGUGAGGCACUUUGAUUUGUGUGAAAGUUCCCUGAUUAAAGAAGCAUUUUUUUUCUAUUUUGGUUGUAUUUGACUGUGUUUAUAUUCAUGACCUCAACAAUAGCAGUGCUGGUCUGGUAAUCUUAUCAUUUAGACAGUUUCAUCUUUCACAGUAUCACGUUAAUAUUUCUCUGUAGUGAGUCUACCUUCUCUGGAAUAUGAACUUUCUUUGCCUGGAUACAGGGCUGCACUCCAGAUUUGUUCCAUUUUGGGUGAAACCCUCCACAGGUAGACCUAUCCCUGCUGUUACAAACCAAAACAAAACCAUUUCAGCACACCCUCCCUUAUUUCUUUUUAAUCCACAAUGCAAAGUUUCCCCUCACUUUGGGAUGCAGAAAAGAGGGUUAUUCCCAUUUCUAAUGCUCCCUCACAAUUUAUCCCACUUGAAUGCCUUUUUUGUAUUCCACCCCUUUCUCCUGACUGCACGCCAAGUUAUGAAAAAUCUGAUCCAUUUCUAUUUCAGUCGUUCUUCAACCUACUUAUUUGAGCGUUUGUUGUGCUGACAGAUUCUGUAAGUCUAUAUGUGUUCUGCUGUAUUUCUCUCUCCCUACAUGGAAACCGAUGUAAAUUUAACUCUCGCUGUUUUUAGAUCUUGCAAGUGAAUUAUUCUUUUUUAACAGGUUUCACUAGUUUGGAUACUUUGCAAACAUUUGCUCUCAAGAACUGAUCAAUGUUCACGCUAACUGAGCAUGCAUCCUCCCCUGUGGUCACACCCAAUGCCAACAGCUAACAGCUUGGCGGUGUUAAGUGGCAUGAAAACAGCAGGGUAGCAUGAUAAUGCUUCAAUAGCACGCAUGUCUGAUAGUUGAUAGCAUAAGUGCAUACAACUUUACACUUUGUUGAUGUUUACCCACCGUUUUAUUGCCUGUUUUGACCCCCUGACCAACUAACCCUGUAGGGCCUUAAUGAGUCAAAGCUGCUCUCAAGCACUUGCUUGGAUGACCUGACCUCCGGUAAAGACCCCAGCUCAAGUGGAUGCAGAGCUUCACUAAGUUGCUAAGACUUCUGAUUCCUCUGACCCAUUAAUUUAUUUAAUUUUGUCCCCGUAAGCUUUGGUUUACAUUGUUUAAUGUUUGCAGGAUGUAAAUCAGGUGCACACAGGGAUGAUCGGUGACCGUGUCAAACAUACAUUUUCAGUGAAGUUACCAACAACGACACUGACUCAUCCUGCAUUUUUAGAUCUUAAACAGUGAAAUCAUUACUGCUCACUGUGAAAACAAAGAUUAGAAGUGCAGAGAUGUUUUCAUCCACUUCACGUCGCUGACUGAACAUUUGGCCUUCAUUAUUGUCUUAAACUCAAACUGACACUCUGUUGUCACUGUGGAUUUAAAGGUCGCUGUCACCAUUUUUCUUUGGCUCUUGGGCAUAUGUUCUGAUGUCAUUGGCUUCCCGCUGGCUCAGUGCUCAUUAGACAGGCUUACAGCACACCUGCACAGGUGAUGUUUCAGAAGACAACAUGCCACAUUGACCUACAUGUCCCCUGCUGUUACUCAUCAUGCUUCAUGGUAUCGGACCUUUGUUUACCUUGAGUUGGUUUACUUUAUGCCUGUGUCAGUAAGAGCAGUAAAAAUGAUCAGCAACUUUCAGCUCCUCCUCCUUUUGGACAUCACUGCUGUCUCACCGAUCAGUGAGAACAAUAACACCGUUGAAAUCAGAGGUUUCCUACAUGCACCUGUGAACAAAAUGCUCUCACCCAGCCUGCCUCCCCUCCCUGCAUGCCAGACUGGCAGAGCGAGUGUAACACAGAUCCCCAUAUGGGGCUUAGCUUUAUUUCACCCAUAUGUUGGUGCUUAACACAGCUGUACGCUCACCCAUGGAUUAGUGAGGCACACAAGCUGGCCUGGUCACAGAACAGCAGGCACAAUCAUCCAAAAUGCUUUUGGUCCUUUCAUUUCAAGAAUAUCCAGAACUCUGUUGUUUUAUCUCAACGUUCAUCAUUUUCCUUUAACACAUCGAGGCGAGGAGAGCGGCUCUGAGGCACGUGUGCACUCACUGCUGAACACAUGGACGUGCACAUGUUCACACACCUGCUCUGAGCGUCAGGAAAAGCAGAUAGAGAGAGGGUCGUUGUUGCUGGGUUUUUUUACAGUUGCAAUCUAUUUUAAGAUCAGGGUGCAUUAUUUUUGCUCGUCUGGCUGCAGCGUUGCUGAGCUGCCCACGAGCCAUGUGUUUGUGAAUAGAUGGAGAGUCCAAGAGCAGGAAGAUUAGAGGCAGUUUCAUGAUUAUUUAACAUGACUGCUCAAACGUGGUGAAAAAUGUGUUCAGCUGUAGAUAAGAAAUAAGAUGGCAAACAGAAAUAGUAACAAAGCACACAUAUAUGACCGGAGCUCAUUUUUCUGGUCUUAUGUAAUGAAAUGCUCUCAUUCCUCCCACAGACGUCACGACCGGAGGCCUUCCCUCACCCUCACAGAAUCCCAUCAGAAGGCAACCGUCUCGGAUCGAAUCGACCCUGCUCACAGGUCAGUGCCUCCCUCCUGCAAGAUGCACCAUCUGCUGCAUGACCAAACCCACAAACCCAAGAUACUUACGUUAUUUGUGCCUGGAGGUUGUUUUGGUUAAGAGUGAGUUAGUCACCCUCUUUUUACAAACAAACAGCAAAAGACAAGACAUGUUAAACAAAAUGAUGACAGCGCUCAGGACUAAACAGGUCAAGAUAAGAUAUAGGAUAAAGAUAAAAUAAGCCAUAAACAAAAUGAACGGGACAUAAAAACAACAUUUAGAUGAAAUUUAAAUCACAAAAACUCAAAACUAAGCAAAACUGAUUUCUAAAAAAUGAAAUAUUAGGCUGAAUUACAGUCACAUCAAGUCUAACAUGGCAUGUUUUACUCGGAGGACAUAGUACCCGUGCUUAAUUUGUGGGUUUCCUGCUGUGUAAUCAAACAUUACUAUUACACCUCUCUUCACAAAGGUGAUUAUUUGGCUUGAAGCAUCAUGGACUUCCCCUGAUACCCAUGCAUCUUAUUGGAGCAGCAUGCCCCCCGUUAAGUAGGACCACAUAACAGUGUUUACUUCCUUUGCCUGUUGUGGCAGGUGCUCGCAACUAUAUUUAGCUCUAUCUCUAUCCGUUAUAACCAUGUUGGCAGAUCCUGCAGCACCUCUUUACAUGUGAGAGUAAAUACCAGGAUACUGUCCUGUAUGAAUGAGAAAGCUCUUUGUUCCUGAGGGGCUACUAAAAUGAAUUAAAUGUGUUCCCAGUCUAUUUCAUUUCUGUAACUUCUUCUUGAAUUCUUAAAAGUUAACACAAAAUUGCCACUCAACAAAUCUUAGAUAAACUCAGUAAUGCCCCUCCUGACAGCAAUUUCUGUCUGUAGGAUAUCUCCUAUUUCUCCUUGAGUUUGGCAUGGGGCGGAGGUCUAAUUUUCCCCAUCACCGCCAUCAUCAUGAGCCUGCCAAGGCUGUGACACAUGUAAUCGUGCUCUCAGAGCAUGCGGGAUGGCAGGAGGAGAAAAGCAGGUUGCUGCUCCUCUCCUCCCCUGCAGAGACUCCACAGACAGUUUCUGUCAGGCACCAGCCUCACAGGCUUUGUCCCCAUUUCACGAUCACCCUGAUCAGUAAUUCCAGCCGCCAGCAGCUGGAGGUCCCAGUCACCUGAGCCGGUACGGACAAAAUGCAUGUGAAAGAGAUGCAGCUGAAAACACAAACCCAAACUGACAAGGUGCAGCGGCAACACAAACACAUGCUCAUGAAAAAAUGAAGGGGUCUGUAAUGCGCUUGUAGCUACAGUGUAAAAAGAAUAAUACUUUUAGAUGUGACACUUGCUGACCUACUCUCUCUGUAGCUGCUUUUGUUGUGUUUUUUGUGUUUGUUAUUCUGCGUAGAAAGGCAGAGUGAGAUACUCCCUACAGAAAACCAUCUCAAAGCCUUCUAGCUGUUGAAAUUGGCUAACUUAUUGUUCAUCUUACUAAAUAUUCCCUGCUUUCCUCAUCUAGACGUCAGUGUCCUUUUAUCUGAAAAAGUUGGCUUUUAGAUAACUUUUGAAAAAGUUCUUGUUUCUUCUGCAGGCUGACCCGAUUUUGUGUCUUUGGUGCAUCUUUUUAUGUUGCUUUUGUGGUGUCUCUUCCUCACUGACGGCAAUAACAUCCAAACUAUCCCUCUGGUUUGCAGAAGUUUGGGCCCGGUGUGGGGACGUUACCUCAGCUUGAGCCACCGGUGGUGCAGGUGGUGGUCAGCAAUGCUAAAAACCAGCACCAGCAGUCAGAAAACAUCCUUCCCCAGAUCGCCAUUAAAGGGACGCAAAACAACUUUCAGACACACCAGGUGAGACUUUGACAGUGUGCCAUGGUGGGUUUCCAUCAAGGGGUCUUGUUUGAUCUUGUUUUUAAUAACUGAACAUACUCUCAAUGGUCCACCCUAGCUCCAUCUCAGAAGAGUAAGAUGGUAAAGUUCUGUUAUUUUGGUACCUUUCCCAACUUUUGACAGUAGAGCCAAACUGUGAUCACUGCUUGAUGGAAACACAGCUUAAUAUCUGCAUGCUGUAACUUGUUCUGCAUCAAAGUGUCUCUUGAUAUUUCUGCAGAGAAAGGCUGUAAUCUCCACACACAGAGUAUAAAGCUUUUAAAAUAAAAUAAAAAUGUACUGGUUACAGGACAACACUCACUGAGAAAACAUUGUAAAGUCACACCAAAGUUUGUUUUCAGCUCAUUUAUUUGAGGCUCUCCUCUUUUCGUGUGUUUGUUGAUGCAGGACGAGAGGCCGAAGCCCACCCAGCAGUUCACCAUGCGCUUUGGUUCAACACUGGACAAAAUUUCAGUCUCCAGAAACAGCAAGAUUAUCAGCAACAAGCUGGAGAAAGAAAAGUCUUAUGAAGGUCAAAGGUUACCAAUGUCCCCUACUGGUGAGUUUAGCCUCUUUCACACGUAAACUUCUGACAUCUUCUGGCCCUGAAAUUUUCAGAAACUUGCCCUAACCUGCACCUCACAGCAGGAGAUUACCUCUGCCACCCACCGCAUCUUAUUCCACCGUCAGAGUAUAAAGCAGAGUCCUUUCUCAAUGUGAACAUCACUUGACUUUUAUCUGCUACCUUCUCUUCCCAAACUUAGCAGAAAUUGUCCUUCGAGGUUAUUUGCAAAAUUUCUUCAUGUGGGCCAAAUAAAGUUUUAUGCAUGUAUGAAAUUUGUGAUUGCUUUAUAUAAUUAAUUAAGAGGUUUUGUUACAUUUUGAGUCUUUUAAGGGUUCAGCUGAGAUGUAACCAAGGAGCAGUUUUUAUUCCACUGACGCUGUAAAAAUAGCCCGCUGGCAUUCAAGUCUGUUGUUCAUAGUCCUCUGCUCUUGGCAGAGGUGUGAUCAAUAUGAAAGUGACUCAUCUCGUCCUCCUCCUCCUCUUACUUCCUGUUGCAGAGGCACUGAAGAACUUCCAAGACCGGCUGACGGAGUUUGAGCAGGAGGAAAUCAUGGACUACGCUGAGAUCUGGUACCUGGGUCUGGGUUCUCAGAAGAUCGAAGGUUCUCAAGGUUCACCACAAAACUCAGGAUAUGAUGACGAGCAUGGGAGCUACAUCAGGGUACCGUAUUAUAUGGAGAAUUUUAAAAAUAUUGUGUGUGUGGUUAUAAGAGCGGUUCAGUUACAUCAUGAAGGUGCAGGGAAACCAAGAUGACAGCACAGAGAAAGAGAAAAGGAAGACUUUUUGCAGCAUUGAGUAAACAUGCAAGCUUAUUCUUUAAUUGUACCUGCUUUUGAUCCUUUACGUCUCAAUGUUUUUUUUUUUUUUUCCCAUGCUGACAGUUUUUUUACUCAGACUCUCCAGAUACCAGCUGGUCUCUUCAACAUCGUUUUAAACAAUCAUUUUAAAAACUUAGAAAAGAACUUUUCACCAAAUUAUAAACAUUUUUUAAUGUAUAUAAUUUCAAAAUAAUGCAUUUUAAAAAACAACAUGGUAUUAGCCAUUAUAGAUGACAAAAUAAAUAACUGAACCCUUUAGUGCCUGAAACCACAAAUUAUACCCAGAAAAUAUGAUACAAAAAGGCAAUAAAGGGAUAAAAUAUAUGUGGAGGCACGUGGAGGCAAGGUUUGAUGUUGAUUUGGGGUCAUACCAGAAUCAUUUAGAACACACAUGCAUGCAUAUAACUGCUGAAACAUGAUAUCGAAAUGCAUUUAAAGUUAAAACUUAGACUGAAAACGUGCACAGGCUUGCCAACUGCUUCUCCAUGUGUGACCAGAAGUGUUUCUGUGACCUUAAUCCAGCUGCAGACGUGACCCCGAUGUUCAUUGUUGAAUACAGUAAACAAUAAACUGAUCUGGGUUCAGCAGACACUUUAACACCCAGCUGCAGUGACCUGUAUAAAUCAGAUGACUGACAGGCAGACUUUUAUCCAACAGUAUGCGAUGGAUCAGCUGUUUAAAGCUGGGUGACUUACUUUUGUUUAGACCCAAAUCUGUGUCAGAGCUCACAGGCUUAUUGGAGCAGUAACAGUGAAACAGCAGAGGGGUUGAUUAUAUAGGUCACAAAUCUGUUGUAUACGUGCAUUAUAUUAUAUUAAUACAGCACUCUAAUACAUAGAGUACAUUAUGUUAAUACAGCUCUCUACUACUUGCUUUCCCAGGUGCUGCAUGACCACAUCGCCUACAGGUUUGAAGUACUGGAAGUGAUCGGGAAAGGCUCCUUUGGGCAGGUCCUGAAAUGUUUGGACCACAAGACAAAUGAGCUUGUAGCCAUUAAGAUGAUUCGCAAUAAGAAAAGGUAACACUUCAUCCUGGUGGAGUUCAUUUUAUUCAGAUCAAGUUUGAUUUUCGACUGAAGCUUUUCCUCAAAGAUGUGCAGUCAUUACUGCUUUUACGUCUUAAUAGUCAUCCACUUGCUUUAUAAAAUGAGACGGCCCUCACAUAAAAGCAGUCAUACCCAACCCCCGGGGAAGGCCCAGAUUUAUGUCAGGGGAGCAUGCAUGCUUAACAAAAACAAUUCACACAGUUUUGCAGUACUAGCACAGCAAGGCCAUGUUGUUCAAAGGACUGCUAGGUAAAUGAAUGACUUACAGUGAGUCUACAAUAAACAUCACAGCUACUAAACUAAAAACAAGAAUUAAGAUGAGUCAUAUCUCACUCUCAGUUUCACCUCCACUAACUGUGGAUCACCCACAUAAUACCAGCUGGAAGCUGCACCUAGCAAUGUCACUUUGAAAUGCUUCCAUUUUUAAAGUGUUUGUAGGUUUUUGAGUCAAUGUCGCACUAUGAAGUUUCACUUCUAUGUUUAGAAAUGUUUCAUAUAAUUUCAGAGAUGCGGUAAUUUGUCAGUAAAGAACAUGUCUGAAAGUUAGCUGUAAAGCAGAUGAAUGUAUGUUCUUAUCAAUGCAAUAAAAAAAGGGGAGGCUGGAAAAUAACAUGCUAAAAAAUGAACCACUGCACUGAAGACACAGAUUAGAAAUGGUAAGAUUACCGAUAUCUAAUGGUAAAAUCAUAUUAAACACAACCUGCUCAAUCCUCCUGCGGGUGAAGUUAUUAUGGCUUUGAAAGACAAGAUGCCCCUGUGAUUCAUGUUAGCAUGCAUUUUACCAUCAAAAACAUCAAUCAGUUCAAAUUAUACAUUAAUUAAAACAUACUGAUGAAUGUGAUAUUCUAUUUCUAACAGGUCUGUUCUAGUAAAUGCCACUAAAUUCUAUGCACUGCACCUUUAAAGGUGUAAUUUUCUUGCAAAGAGUUUUUUUUGCAUGAUCAUUUUGCAUAUUAGGAGUUUACUAAAUCAUUAAAAUCCACAUAAAAGUGGGUAUUUAAUGGUGUGUGCUCCCUGACUGAGGGUCACAGCUAAUACCUGAGUCCUGCAGGUGUGAAGCAGGAGCCAUCUCUGCUUCUUCAAUAAUGCAGGAAACAAAAUAGGUGCAAACUGUCAAAGCAGAGGUCUGCACGAGGGAGAAUAUGUUAAGUACAUCAUAGAAGUUAGGAAAUAUCCAGUAAAAGGAAGCCCUCUGUCAGAGAAAACUGACCAACAAAAAAUGACAAAUUUAGACAUUUAAAACUUUUUAAAGCAGUUUUUUUAAUCAAACACAAUAAAGUCAGUCUGCUUAACCUUUCUGUAUCCGUUUUUAGGUUUCAUCACCAAGCUCUGGUGGAGCUAAAGAUCCUGGAUGUGAUCAAGAGGAAAGACAAAGACAACCUCCACAAUGUCAUCCACAUGAAAGAGUACUUUUACUUCAGGAAUCACCUCUGCAUCUCCUUCGAGCUCCUCGGGUCAGUUUGCUGUCUCCCUUUCUGUGUGUAAUUAAACAGGUCUACAGGCGACUAUAAGGACGAGCUGCAUAAUGAUUCUGUUGGUCAAAGGCAGUCGAGGGCAGCCAUCGUCCUUCAGGGGUUGGAUCAUUGUUUGGUCUUUAAAAGAGCUUCUUUUCUCAUCUCUAUUCAUCAUUUUUAACGCUACAUGACUGCAGUCAAUCAGGAGUUAGGUGAUCCAUGUGAGCGUUCAGGCGUCUAUGUUCGAAUCGUAACAGAUCUCUGCUUGAGUGGAGAUAGUUUUGUGUAUCACUGUGGCUGAAUGACCUUUAGAGGACGUCUUGCUCUGCCACCUUGUCUAACAUUACCGUCACCGAAUCCAUUAGUUAAGGCCUUGAUUGGAGCCCUAUCUCUUACCUCCUCUUGCUCCAUGGUGUGAAGGCUCAGGUUACACAGUCUAAAGAAGUUAACGCCUUUCACAAGUUGCGAGAAAAAGCAGGCGGAAACAUCCUGUGCCUCUCGCAAUGCCUCUGAGCACAAUCACAGAUUAUUUUCAGGUUUGAAUUUGGCAGUCAGCAGGUGUUUUAUUGGAGGUAAUGUGAGGUGUCAAAUUGGGCAGUCUUCUUCUUCCGGAGUGUUUAUUUGGAGGAUAUGUAGAUGUUCUUAAUGUGGCACAUAGUUAUAUAAGUGAGUCUUUAUUGAGCUCUUCCUUAGAAGUGCAGGAACAACAUUCAAAUAUAGCAAAGGGAAAAGUUAUCUUUGUUGAUGUUUUACAAUGACAGGAGUCCUAAUUUUUACUUUGAAGCUUGUGUGAGAAGUUUUUAGCUUCAUAUGUUACGGACUGAAAUAACUAAUGAUGCGCCUGUAAGACCUGCCAAUGCAAAACAAUGCCACAGUCACAGCAAACUGGACAUUGACAGACAUUGGACUGAUAUAUGACAGCAGGAGUUUAUAUCUUAGUUUUUAUUUUAAGCAUUUAUUAUAAAGCAUUUCAAACAAACUUUCUUUAUUGUCAUCAGGGUGAACUUGUACGAGCUCAUAAAAAAAAACAACUUCCAGGGCUUCAGUCUGGCUCUCAUCCGUCGCUUCACCCAUGCCCUCCUGAAGUGCCUGCAGAUGUUGCACAGGGAGAAAAUCAUCCACUGCGACCUCAAACCGGUACUGAACUCAAACUUUCUGUCAACUCAGUUUCUAAAAUUCAGAGAUGUCAACAAUCACAGACUUGGUCAUUUUACCACAAGACCCAUAUUGUAGGAUUGGCUCUAUCUUGUGGUUAAGUACAGUACUGCAUCAGGUUUAAACUUUUUCUUCUACUUGCCAACAGGAGAACAUCCUUCUGUCCCAGAGAGGACCAGGAAACAUCAAGGUGGUCGACUUUGGCUCAAGCUGUUAUGAACAACAAAGAGGUGAGAGAGUGAAACGUAUAGCGCUGCUUAUUUUUAUCUGGCUGUGGCAGAAAUGAUGGUUCAAAUAAAAGAAAUGAUUUAUUGUUUAGUAACUUUAUUUGUGGAAAAAUGUCAGUUUCAACACAAACUGAAUACAGAGAAGAACAACAUUAGAAUCAAUUUGAAUCUGCAUGGGAUUUGUGUAAAGUUUCACAUGGUUCAUUUGGUCUUAAAGACUUCUAAUCUUCGCCUGUAGCCUGAUUGGCACUCCUUUACGUUCUCCUCAUCUGCUGUGAAAUCUGAUCAGCAGUUCAAGAUUCAGUUCAAUAAAUCUGCUGGCCCCUUUUUUAACCAGAGCUGACCCAUUCUGCAGAAUUUCUAACUUUUAUUUUCCAAGGCCCAUGCAAAAGACAAAAUGCAGUACCUUAAAUGUCCACUUGAGGCACACCUUAACGCCACCUCUUCUGGUGUUUUUCAGUGAAGCCUAAUAGUUGUUUCUCACAGUUUCUGAAUUUACCUCGCUAUCCUCUUUCCCUGCCAGUGUACACCUACAUCCAGAGUCGCUUCUACCGCUCUCCAGAGGUCAUCCUGGGUCACAACUACAGCAUGGCCAUCGAUAUGUGGAGUCUGGGGUGCAUCCUUGCUGAACUUUACACGGGUUAUCCUCUCUUCCCAGGAGAGAGUGAAGUGGAACAGAUCGCCUGCAUUAUGGAGGUGGGAUGAACUGAUUUUGUGUCCUUGUUUUUACCCCUUAUCAGUCAUUUUAAUGCAACAAAAGUAGAUAAAGAACCAAAUGAGAAAAGCAAAGAAAAUGAGUAGAUAAAUGUAUAAAUAAAUACAAAAAAGUUCCCAUAGUCUGUUUUAUACCUAUUGUUAAUGUAAAGUUUCUUGAAAUACUUUAUAUCAUUUAGGUUCUUGGAUUGCCUCCGAAUGAUUUUGUCCAGUCUGCAUCAAGAAGGAGGCUGUUCUUUGGUGAGAAUUCAAUCUAUUUAUUUUUCUUUAUUCGAUAUCUUAACCAUAUUGACAUCUAUUAUUUUACCUUUUCUGAUAUCAGAAGUUUUAUCAAUACUUUUAUCUGUAAAUAUAUAUAUAUUUUUACAGAGGUGUAAAUGUCAUGCCUAAUAUGAAAAUGGCUCCUGUUUUUACAUUAUAUUAAUACAUCGGUGCUGUUUGGUGAUUGUGCACAGACUCAAAAGGAAACCCUCGAAACAUCACCAACAGCAAGGGGAAGAAGAGGAGACCCAACUCAAAGGAGCUGUCGGCUGCUCUGAAAACAAAUGAUGCUUUGUUCUUAGACUUCAUCAAACGCUGCCUCACGUACGUUCACUCUAAACUUAAUAUCAUUCUGCGAACACAUCCCGUGUUAAUUCAACUUUUCUGCCACUGUACUCUGUUGCAGCUCACAUAACAGACUUACAAACUUUUCUUGUGUUUCUCUGGGAUUCAGCUGGGAUCCAAACAAGCGCAUGACUCCUGAUGAGGGGCUGCAGCACGAGUGGAUCCUGGAGGGAAAUUUCAACAAAGUCCGGCCGAGAACCAGGCCAGCAGUGAAGAAGACCACCGACAGUUCAACCAGCACGGAAAACAGCAAUGACCACACUCUCCACAAACAGGCUAACAGCAAAACUGGUGAGUGGCUCCAUUAUAUUAACUACUCACUAAAUAUAAAUGAAUGAGUCAAAAUAAUCCAUAGAGAUAUAAUAGCUUUGUGCUCUGGUCUUCACAUACUCUCAGGUGCUUUGUGUUCACUUUGAGAUGUCUUUUAAUGUCUUCGUGUCCGUGUUCCAGCAGAGAAGGACGGCUCAGAGAGCAGCACCAAUGACAAGCUCAAGAGAGACACCUCAUCAUCAGGAACAAAGAUGGCCCCCGCUGAGCGUCUGCGGCCCAUCGGAGCUUCAGCAGAGGAGGAAGUGUGUGAGAGUGAGGGUAAAAUCUCCACAGAAAGCCAGACCCAGGAGGUAGGAGGAGGAGGGGGAGAGAGGCCUGUUCACAUCAUCAUCAAGCCUCAAGAAGAAACAGGAACAAAGAGACAAGAAAGCCAGGAGCCGUCUCAGUGUUUACCCCCGAUCAUGUAA